AUGGGUAAAAAAGGUGGAAAAAGUAAAGGGAAACCUGUAGUUAUGACUUAAUAAGAGUUCUUUGCAACCACUUCAAACUUAACUGGACCAUCAUCAUAAAAAGAUCAAUCUAAAAAGAGUGAAAAAGAGCCUGUUUGGGGAGAUAAACCUAUAUUCAAGGGUAAUUUAAGCAAUCUUUUAACUGGUUUAGAGGAAUAAAAGAGUGGAGCAAAAGUUAUAGUCAAAGCGUAAGCUGAAGUAAAAGAUUAACCCAUUAUUUAGCCGCAAAUAAAUGAUACUAUCAACACUUCAUAGCAACAAACUCAAUCAAAUUCAUCAUAAUUGUAUCAGCAGAUAUAGCCACAGGCUUAAUAGCUCUAAACUCAAUUAGGGUAAUUCCAAUAAACACCUAUGGGUAAUCAGAAUAUGAACCAAUAUAUGAAUGGAGGAGCUUAUGGGCAACAAUAUUAAAUCUAAUAGUAAUACUAGCUGUCACCUGAUUAAAUCAAGCAAUAGCAAGAGUCAAUGAAAUAGUACUAGCAAAUAUAUGAAAAGAUGUAAAAGGGCUAAAGAAUAGGAAAUAUUGGAAUGAUGCCGUAGCCAGGAGUCCCUAAUAAAGGGCCAGGCUCAAUUCCAACUUUAUACCCAAACUAAUAAUAGCUUUAUCAAUACUAUCAAUUGAUGCAAACUCAACCUUAGAUGAUGCCAGGAACUUAAAAUAUGAAUCAGUAAAGCCAGGCUUAAUAAAAGUAACAACAACCUCAAUAAAAGCCAAAAGAAGAAGUAAAAAUUAAUUCUUACGAAGAUGCAAUGAAGAUGUUUGAGUAGAAAACUGAACAAGAGACUAAGUAAAAAACUAAAUCAUAGACUAAAUAACAGUAAUUAGAAAGCUAGGAUUACGGAGAUGAGUAUGGAGAGGAAUACUACAAUGAAGAUGGUUAUAAUCAGGAAGGAAAUUUUAUGGGGUAAAAUGCAGGAUUUGAUAUGGGAAUAGGAAUGAAUCAGAAUAUGAUGAGUGGAGGGUUCGACCCUAAUAUGAUGAUGAAUAUGGACCCUAAUACAUUAGGAAUGAUGCUUGGGUAGUUUGCUUAAAGUCAAUAAAUUUAAGCUUCACUUGAUCCUAAUUAGCUUGGAUUACUAAACACUUUAAUAAGUGGCCUAUAGCAAACAUAAUAUGAUGCUGAUGGAAAUGAAUUCUAUAUUGAAGAAGAGGGAGAGGAUUAUCCAGAAGAAGAGGAUGUUAUUAUUUUGUCUGAUGAGAUGAUUCCCAGAGAAAUAGGGAUGAAAAAGGGCACAAAGUUAUUUAAUGAGAUUCCCAAGGACAAACUCGCUGAAAUGAAUAAUGAUGACGAUAUCAUUGAUUACUUCCUUAACAAUCAAGAAUAAUUCAGAGUCUGUGAGUAUUUCAAGAAAGGUAAUUGUAAGUACACUGAGAAGUGCAAGUUUUACCAUCCCAAAGAGGUCUCAAAGAAUACCUAGGGCUAGGACUAUGUAGUUGAUGAUGAAUGCUGCAUUUGCUUGGAAAAAGUCAUUGCUAAUGGCAAACAGUUUGGUGUUAUGGAUGGCUGCGAUCAUACUUUCUGUUUAGACUGUAUUAGAGGCUGGAGAGCUACGUAUGAUAAGCGUGCAGGCAAACAUCAUUUCAGAACUUGUCCAAUCUGUAGGCGAAACAGUUACGUAGUUAUUCCAUCCUCAAAGAUGGUAAAGAGUGGACCUGAGAAGGAUGACCUCAUUAAUGAAUACAAGUCUGUUAUCAAGGCGAUUCCUUGUAAGCACUUCAACAAAGGUAAAGGAGCUUGUCCAUUUAGAAACAGUUGCUUCUAUGCGCAUUAGUUGAUGGAUGGCACAGAUUACGAAUAUCCUUGGAAGGAUAACAAGAUCAACGAGUAUGGAGAGUGGGAAGACGACAGAGAGAUCACCUUAGCUGACAGAUUCGGAAACCUAAAUAUUUGA